AUGGAUUACAAUGUGAAAGAGCCGUUUUUAUUACCCCAAUUCCCUCAAGACAUUCCUGAUCAGGCAAACAGAAGUGGACGGGUGGAGCUGAUUCUCUCAAAUACUGCGCAAGAAAACGCCUUCUGGUGGAUAUUUUACGAGUCCAAUAUAGUCGAGUCAUGGACGUCAGUGGAGGAACUGUUGAGGGGACGUCUUAAAACCUUUUUAGGCGAAGAUAACGAAACUUUACUCUCAGAUAUAAAGGAGAAGUAUAGGUUUGGACUGCACAGCGAGGAGUGGGGGCCCCAGAAAUUCUGGGACACUCUCACCACAGACAUCAGAGCAACCUGUCCCAUGAACAAGCUAGCAGAGAGGUUGAACACAAGCCCCCACUUGGAUGUGUACAGACUCUAUAUAGAACACAGCUCCAGCUCUGUUUUAGACAACGGGGCGAGGUGGGGAGCCUGGCAUGGUUGGGACACUGAGGCUAUGUUCGGGUUCAAAUACUACCGGGGCACAUACUACAAUGUGACUUCUAAACAUGACUGGGAAUUAGCUGAUCAGUUGAGAGCUUUAACUAAACAGUUUGCUAAAGGUGAAACAGAGACUUGGUCUGGGACAGACAGUAUAUAUCUCAAUAAUGAAAUGCCAUGGAGGGAAAGUAGGCCCGAUAGGCCUCAGCAUGAUUUCUGUGAUUUCUGGAGCACAAACGGCUUUGACGGGUGGGGCUGGCAAAAUUAA